GAAGAACAUCACGAACUUAUAAUCACCAUUUUUAAUAGUUGAAUUCAUGAGUUGAACUAAGCUAGACCAUUAUUGAAACCCCCAAUCUGAUAAUUGCUAUUUUGUUUACAUCAUCCAUAUUCGUCAACUAACCAAUCACAGCGUAACACAUAUCUGGAGUUGUAUAAAAUUCCACGUUAGAGUCUGACCUCUUAAGGAUGCGUUGGUUAUUGUCGUGUCUGUUCCUUGUCGCGUCUGUGUCAUGUAGCAAGGUCCUUGAGCUCACUAAAGACAAUUUCCAUUCUGAAUUAAAGUCAAUCCCAGUUGCCCUGGUGAAGUUUUACGCUCCAUGGUGUGGUCACUGCAAAAACCUAGCUCCUGAGUUCGCUUCAGCCGCAGAAAUCAUAUCCGGGAAAACUAGCGAUGUUAAACUCGUUAAGGUUGAUUGUACCGCUCACGAAAGUAUCUGCUCAGAAUUCGGAGUUAAUGGCUACCCUACUCUAAAAAUCUUCAGGAAUGGAGAUUUAGACACUGAAUAUAAUGGUCCAAGGAAUGCAAAUGGAAUCGUCAAUUUUAUGAUGUCUCGAGCAGGACCUGUAUCCAAAGAAGUCAGCACUGUUAGUGAUGUCGAAAACUUCUUAUCAGACGACAAGCCAACUGUGUUUGCAUUUGUAAAAUCGUCUAGCGACCCAUUAAUGAAGACUUUCAUGGCUCUUGCAAAAUCAAUGGUCGACGACGCUGUAUUUUGUCAUAGUCAUAAUAAUCUUUUUGUAACUCCUGAUGACUACGAAUUGAGAGUCUACUUGCCUAAACGUCUUCGAACAAAGUUUGAGGACGAAUUUGCUUUUUAUAAAGGAGAACUUGAAUCUAGCAAUAUUAAGGAAUGGAUCCGCAAACAUGGCCAGGGACUAGUUGGUUACAGAUCACCGUCAAAUUCAUUUUACUUCGAGAAUUUCGAUUUAGUAGUACUAUACAAUAACCAAUCCAUAGAUUCAUAUCCAUCUGGAGUAAAGUAUCUAAGAAAUCGUGUUUUCAAAACACUUAAGGACAAUCCUAACAAGUUCAAGAAUUUGGUAUUCGCUUAUAGCUUCUCCGAUGAUUUUUCUUAUGAACUGUCUGAAUAUGGUAUAGAAGCGGAUAAACUACCAGCGGUUGUAAUCCAAUCUAAAGGCAAAAAGUACAAGCUUGAGAAAUUUAGUCUUGAUGCAUUCUCUGAUUUUUUGAAUAAAUUUGAGGAUGGUCUUUUGACCCCACAUAUAAAGUCGGAACCCCUCCCAACAGAGGACUCCAGUGCAGUUAAAAAGUUAGUUGCACUCAACUUUGAUGAAAUAGUAAAUAACGAGGAAAAGGAUGUAAUGGUCGUCUUUCAUGCUCCUUGGUGUGGUCAUUGUAAAAAUCUAAUGCCAAAGUACGAGGAAGCAGCCAGUAAACUAAAAAAUGAACCAAAUUUGGUCUUGGCUGCUAUGGAUGCAACUGCCAAUGAUGUCCCUUCACCUUAUCAAGUCAGGGGAUUCCCAACAAUCUAUUUCGUCCCUAAAGGAAAGAAAUCUUCACCUGUACCUUACGAGGGUGGUCGGGACACUACUGACAUCAUCAAAUACCUUGCACGCGAAGCUACUGAAGAACUUAGUGGGUACGACAGAUCAGGCAAUCCAAAGAAAAGUGAACUAUAGGAUGUCUUUAAUAAUCUUAUUUUUCGAAACAUUGUAUUCUACUUUCCCAUUUUUAUUGAUUGUUUGAUAAAUCAUAAUUGUCAUGUAUUUCAACAUUUAGUCGGUAAUAAACCUGUUUUUUG